UAGUGACACAGGGUAUGGUCGAUUUCAGGAGGGUCGAUUCUGCACAGUAGUGUACAUACUGUCGUUCAAGGUUAUGUUGUCGCAAAGAGGUUUACGUGGACUGUCUACUUUGACUUUCUCAUACUCAUGAUUGUUCAGUGAAAGAGAGGCGUGUGUAAACAGUGUAUUACCGCCCCUAAGCUGGAACCCAGUGUUCAUUUUGCACCUCUACUGUGUUAAAUAAUGGCGUACACAGGUCAGAUGGUCAGUCGUGAAUUCCUGUGGGACAUUUUUCAAAGGGUGGACAAGGACCGUAGUGGAUAUAUAACAGCUGAUGAACUGCAAGUUGCCUUGUCUAAUGGAACAUGGACUCCAUUCAAUCCGGAAACUGUCCGGCUCAUGAUCGGUAUGUUCGACAAAUCGAACAGAGGUACAGUCAGCUUUGAGGAUUUUGGAGCAUUGUGGAAGUAUGUCACAGACUGGCAGAACUGCUUUCGUUCAUUUGACAGAGACAAUUCCGGCAAUAUUGACAGGAAUGAACUUAAGACUGCAUUGACUUCAUUUGGUUACCGCCUUUCUGACAAUAUAGUAUCUUUGUUGAUGCAGAAAUAUGAUCGAGGAGGUCGUGGUGUUAUUUACUUUGACGAUUUCAUUCAGUGUUGCGUAACACUUUAUACUCUUACAUCUUCAUUCCGCCAAUAUGACACAGAUCAAGACGGUGUCAUAACAAUCCAUUAUGAACAAUUUUUGAGCAUGGUUUUUAGUCUGAAGGUCUGAAAGUAUCAUUUUGGUGAUAGUUAUCACUUCACAUUGCAGUUUAUAAAGCCACAAGCAACAAUAAAAGAUGAUGUAUGCAUGUAUCUUAAGAACAUCAAAAGAAAAAUUGCUUGCUCAUAUUCCUCCAGUAUCUUUCCUAUGCUUGUCUACCUCACACACUGUCAAAUUUUCUCAUUACUUACUGUGUGAUUAUUCCUUUGGAAUGUAAUUGAGAAAUAUGUUGAGGAAGAAUAAAGUUUUCAUUAUGAUUUUAUAUUCUAUACAUGUUCACUCUAGUAAAGGAGCAGUGUUUUAGUGACAAGAUUGUCUGAAUUAUAUCUCUGUGAUAGAUCUGGAAAGAGGUGAUAUUUGAAAUUUUAUAACACUUUAUGUGGAUGUGGUGCUCUCCCUAUUAUGGGAGUUAUUGCGACAUGUAUGUGCAUUUUUUGUCUGAUUCUUAUACUUGUAUUUUAGGUGUAACAACACCUAGUAUUGUUUACUUGUGAAAUUAUAUAUACAGUUAAAAUUCUCUCAGUAUUUUGUAAAUAAAAAACUUUUUAUGAAA